AUGCUUGACUAUAAAGUAUCAUCUAAUGAUAUGUCCUUCUCCUCAUCUGUAUUUUCCGUUCCACAGAAAGAUUAUAUUCCAUCUGACGAUGCUUCUGCAAAAGUUUUACAAGAUCUUAAUAACAUAAAAAUCCGUUAUCCUGAAGAACUUAAUAAGCAUCAUGAUUUUUUCAAUUGCUUAAUAAGUAUGAUUCAAAAUAACGAAUUCCAGGUUGAUUCGUCAACUUAUAUUAAUUUCGAUUUGCUUUCGGACUUGAUUGCAAUUUUGGAAUCAGAAGAUUGUAUUGAUCGUUCUGAAGUUCUCGAAAUCAUUUAUUGUCUAUCAAAGUUUGACAAAGUCAUCGAAUUUCUUAAUCAUCGAGAUAUAAUCAACCUCAUAUAUACAAUUGCAUUAAGUCAAAAAGAUGAUUUGCAAAAAGACAACUAUAUCGCAAUUAGGAUCCUCACAAGAUUACUUCCUCAUGUUGAAAACAAUGAAAUAUAUUUAGCAGAUCACCCAAUCGAUGAAUUCUGUUUUCUUAGUGAAACAGAUAAAGUCGUUCCACUAUUCGCCAAAUUAACAGAACUUAAUCCAAAUCAAGAUAAUUUUAGAUCAACAGCUCAAUUUAUUUACGAAAAAACAGAAUUUGAUUGCUAUAAAGACAUAGUCAUGAUUUUGAAAAGCGUUUUACCUGUUUAUCCAGAAGAGAUUAACUUCCUUAUCGAACUGGAGAUACCUGGUUUACCAUGUUUUUUGAGAAGGCUUGCAUCACGUCUCUUUCGCUUUGAUGAUGAUGAAAAAGACGACAUUGUGAACAUGAUGGGUUUAAUGGAAGCUUUUAUAGUUCCUUUAACAAGCAAUAUCAAGAUCAACGAAGAUGUAUUUUUAAUUAUUCACGAAAGCCAAAUGGCUUGGAAUGCCUUUAGAUAUUUCACCUCCACAAUGUGUGAUGAUGACUCUCGGUGCAGUGCCAUUCAUUUCUUAGAGGUUUGUAUUUCUCACGAUAUUUUAUAUAAAGACGUAUUGAAUGCAAUCACAAAGUGGGAUUUUCCACUUGUUGUUAGAGUGUCUAACAAUUGCGAAUUUGAGCAGCAGAUACAGUUAAUUGUAAUUAUUUCUAAAAUAAUUCAAAACCGCGGGUAUAAUGCAGCAGAGACAGCUAUUAAGAGUGGCAUACUAAAAUUGAUUGGUUCUUUCAUUCCAUAUUACAUCCAAUAUGCUUUGAAUGCUCUUGACGUGCUUAUUGAAAACUACGUUGAACAAGAUCAAGGAAAAACAAUCUGGGAACUUAUUUGUAAAACUAGUAUCAUCCAAGAUUUGAAAGAUGCUAUAGAAGAUAAUGACAAUGACGAAGAAUUCGAUAAUAUCGUUUAUUUUGUCAAUCAUUUUAACUAA